UCUAAAGCCUGCCUCCCCACAGCCCUCACCGCCAUGGCGACCACCGAGGGCUCCGCCGCCGCCGGCGAGGUCCGGCGCCUCCUGUCCCACCUCGACUCCCAGCAGCAGCUCCUCGCCGACUGCCAGGGCGCCUGGUCCCGCGCCCUUGCGCACUUCACCUCGCUCGAGGAGGACCUCGCCUCCCGCUCCGCCGCCCUGGAGGAAGCCCUAGCCGCCGCCGCCGCCUCCACCUCCGAGUCCCUCGCGGCGCUCGAGGCCCGCGAGGCCGAGGUCCCCGCGCGGCUCGCCGAGGCCUCCGCCGCGCUCUCCGCCGCCGCGGCUGAGGCCGAGGCCGAGUCCGCCGCGCCGCCUGCCGCCGACAUCCGGGGCGCCCUCCGGUGGAUGUGCCGCCGCAUGGACGCCGCCGCGCUCUGGCGCUUCAUGGCUGCGCGCCGCCGGGAGCUCACCGCGCUCCGGAGGGAGGCCGGCCCCGCCGUUGCCUCCGCGGUCGACCCUCCCCGCCUCGUCCUCGACGUGGUAAGCGAUUUCUUAUCCGCCGGCGAGGGCGCCGGCGAGGAACAAUUCUGGGCGCUCGGGAUGCUGCUGCGCUCGUUGUUCGAUUCUGAUAGCCGGAAGCCGCCGGAGAUAGGAGACACGUUGAUUCAGAGGGCGGUUGUGGUCACCAAGGAGUGGCAAGAUCGUUUUGGGAUCAAUUUGGACAAAACGGCAUCCGAGAACCAGGAGGUGGAGAUGGCGAAAGUAGACGGGGUAGAGGAUUCGGGAGCAAUGGAAAAGAAAGAAGAUCAUGGAGAUGGAAAAGAGGAGGAGGAAGAGGAGGACCCAGAGGAACUGGUUCUUGGGUCAGGGGAGGAAGAGGAGGAGGAGGAGGAGGAGGAGGACCCAGAGGAAGCAGAGGAGCCUGAGGAACUAGAGAAGGAAGCAAAGGAGGCGAAGGGAGAAGAGGCAGACGGAAAGGUGCCGGAGGAGGGAGAGGGAGCAGAGAAAACAGGACCUGUGGAAAAGAAGGCUGCAGGAGAGGAGACAAUGGAGGGGAAGAAAGGAGAUGGUCAAAAAGGAGCAUCAGAGAAACCUGAGGCGCAGAUGUUCCUGCAGAUGGUAGCAGCAUUCGGAUUGAAGGAUAAGUUUGAUGGGGAGUUCUUGAGGAGGCUGUUUGUUGCUAAUGGGCGGAAGAGGGAGCUUGCAAGGAUUGCAUGCGUACUUGGAUUCGAGGAGAGCCUUGGAGAUAUUGUUGAGGAACUCAUAAAGUCAGGGAAUGUUGUAGAGGCUAUAUAUGUAGCUCAUGAGGCUGAUUUGCUCGAGAAAUUUCCACCUGUGCCUCUCCUCAAAGCUUAUCUGCGGGACUCCAGUGACAAGGCUCAGGCUGUGUUGAAAAGUGGAAGACAUUCCAGUUCUGCACUUGAUGAGGCAAGCAACCUGGAGGGCAAUGCAUACAGGUCCGUCAUCAGAUGUGUUGAAUCCUGCCAGCUACAGUCAGUGUUUAGCACCGAGGUCAUAAAGAAGAAGCUAGCGAAGCUUGAGAAAGAGAAGGCAGAGAGGAAGAAGCCAGGUGGCCCAAGCAGAUUCCAGAACAAGCGAUCACGGGGGGCGGCUGGACCUUUCCCCUUCCCUGCUGCCAAGGCUGCUAGGGGCUCAAGCUCAAGCUCUGGCCCGUCCUUCCAGAACCCAGUCUCACGUUCCUUCAACUACUCAGCUCAUGCUGGAUACAUAAACCCAGCAGGCGGUCCACCAUACUAUGUUCCUGGGCGACGAGGCAGUGUGCCAUACGGCGGACCUGGGGCAUUCGGGGGCUCCCCUAACUUUGCAGCUGGUGGUGCGCAGCAACCCUUCCGUCGUUAGGGCUAGGGCUUUCGUUGUUAGUUGUUACUGAUUGUUUGUUAUUCCUGGCUGAUGGAUCAUGUAUACCUGCAUACUUGUUCUUGAUUUUCGAUGGAUGCAAGAUAUUGAUGUGUAGUAAACAUCUGCAGUCUGUUUUCUUUGAUAAACUCGAGUUAUGUGCUGUCCA